AAAAAAAGCUAUCACUUAGCCAAGGGAAGGUGGCAACUGGUUUUUAAGUUUAUCCAUCGAGGUGUCUAACCCAACUCUUUCACUCUUUAAUGCUGGCUGAACUGACCCUCAGCAAAACUGUUGAAUGGGUGGACUUCUUCGUUCCCCAUUGCAAUGGAAGGCCUCAACCAGACAGUGACCCAUUUCGUGUUCUCGGGACUGACCAAUAACCGGAGCCUGGAGCUGGUUUUAUUAGUUGUUUUCUCCAUCCUCUACUUACUUAUCCUAGUGGGCAACCUCCUCAUCAUAGUGACAGUGGCUUGUGACCGCUGCCUCCACACCCCCAUGUACUUCUUCUUGGGGAACCUCUCUUUCAUUGACAUCUGUCAUUCCUCUGUCACAAUGCCCAAGAUGCUUUUUGACUGCUUCUUCCACCAGAAAGUCAUUUCUUUUGGGGGCUGCAUCACCCAACUCUUCUUUCUUCACUUGUGUGCUUCAGCGGAGAUCUUCCUUCUGACCAUCAUGGGCUAUGACCGUUGUGUUGCCAUCUGCUACCCUUUGCAGUAUGUAAACCUGAUGAACAUGAAGAUCUGCGCGUGCCUGAUUGGCACUUUGUGGGUGGGGGCAACUAUCCAUUCCCUGAUCCAGACUGUCCUCACCAUUCAUCUCUCUUACUGUGGCCCUAAUGUCAUAGACAGUUUUUUUUGUGAUAUUCCUCCACUCAUGAAGUUAGCUUGCACGGAUACCUACUUUAUUGGGGUUCUCAUAAUAUCCAGCAGUGGUCUGAUGUCCCUACUUUGUUUCGUGAUCUUGAUAGCUUCUUAUGCCAUCAUCCUUAUCUCACUGAAAGGGCAGACAGCUGAGGGUCGUCACAAAGCCUUCUCCACAUGUGCUGCCCACCUACUUGUGGUGGUCUUGUUCCUGGGACACUGUAUUUUCAUCUAUACUCGCCCUGCUUCCAGCUUCCCAACAGACAAACUGGCUGCUGUCCUUUACACAAUGGUGACCCCUUUCCUCAACCCUGUGAUCUACACCUUGAGGAACAAAGAGGUAAAGCAUUCCAUUAAGAAACUCUGGAAUCAGAGGCAGAUCUUGGCCAGGAGAUGAGUUGGCCAUCUUCCUUGUGUAGAACAAAAUAAGUCAGCGUAUGGAAAGAGACAAUUUUACGGAAAGAUUGAUUAUGUUCAGGCAGAUGAGAUAUCUUAGUUUUGUACAAGAAGCCCAUUCUUCUGUAUCUGGAGACCUAAGAAGCCUGCUAAGUUUCCAUAUGAAGGUGCUGUAAUAAGUGGACAAUUCAAUAUUUCAUCCCUUUGGGACAUGGACAAGCUAACUGACUAAAGACUAUCAUGCAAACAGUUGGUGGCAAAAGCUUUAAACUAGGAUCCUACAUUGCCUUGAAGAUGGAUUGGAUUUGUCUCUAUAGGUAAGAGAGAGGGAAGAGGCAGAGAUAAGAGACCAAAGAAAUUACUGAACGAAGAACAUAUUUUGGUUUUGGUUUUUUUUGCCAACCAAAGAAAAUGAACGACUUUGGGUGCUGAACACAAUCUUCAGUUUUAACCACUGGACAAAAAGCAACAUUAUUGGCUUUUAGUAGCUGUGGUCCAAAAAGUUGUAUUUUAAUGUAUUAAUGCACUGUGAUAUAAUUCUAUGUAAUAUUGAUUUACAUAUUUACAGUAUGAUUAUUUAUAAUUGGGCCAACUGCUUUUUAAAAUUAGGUUUGCUUGUUUGACAUGUAUUCCCACCAGAAUCCAACAACUGUUGACG